AUGUAUGCAGGGUCUGACACUUCGAGCACAUACGGCCACAGUCAGCUGAAAACUGGGCAUCCCGUCCGCUCUGCCAUACAUAAGCAGUUGAACGGCAGAUUAGUACUACGGUGGGUGACCACGUGGGAAUCCCUGCUGCUGUAUGUUUUAUGUUUUUUUGUUUUGUUGACCAUGUCCUGUCGUUAUCCUUCGAGCUACUCUCUGAGAGCAGAUGGAACAGCUCGUCAGUCACAUCUACAGUGUAUAUCUUUUGGUGCGGUGUUGAAGGACUCCGUCUCGGUCCCAAACGUUGUUGUAGAACACAAAUCCGUGGUGAUGCGCUUUUGCUCACUUACCAAACCUGUGGCUUGUGUACACUGA